ACCUUACCUAAGGUAUCUAACAUCUACUUAGGUACUUGGAGCUCCUAGAUCUCGAUAAACGCAUCUUAAUAUUUGUUACUCAACAGAAACGCGCAGAGUCGCGCGCAAUUGCCUGACAAAGACCUACAACGACACACAAGUUUGACGUCAAACUUCACAAGCAAAAAGAAAUUAUAUUUCUCCCAUAUACAAAUCGCAACUGGCAGACAUGUCCGCCGAAAAACGCCCUGCACCUGAAGAACCCGGCGCAGGCCAAUUGGUCGUGAAAAGACAGAAGCCAGGAACCAGUACUGCCCUCUCUCGCCGAGAUGGAACAUCUGGGAGUGGUGCGCUGGUGCAGUCCGCACCUCGAACGAGUAACCUAGAAGCACCGUUGAUGGAACUUACUGGACACUCCGGAGAAAUCUUUUCAGCGAGAUUCAACCCUACAGGCGCUUUAAUUGCUUCAGGGUCCAUGGACCGGAGCAUCUUGCUUUGGAAUUCAUCGGGCACAUGUGAGAACUACGGCGUGUUGACAGGCCAUCGGGGCGCAGUUUUAGAUCUAAAGUGGUCUCGGGAUUCCGAAAUUCUAUAUUCAGCUUCGGCAGAUAUGCACCUCGCCAGCUGGGAUUUAACUUCCGGGACAAGGAUACGACGAUAUAUCGGACACGAGGAGAUCAUAAACUCUCUGGAUAUAAGCAAGCGUGGCGAGGAGAUCAUAAUCAGCGGAAGCGAUGAUGGUACUAUAGGCAUUUGGGAUCCUCGAUCGAAAAACGCCGCCGAUUUCAUUGAGACCGACUUCCCAAUUACAGCCGUAGCAGUCGCAGAGGCAGGUAAUGAGAUCUUUUCGGGGGGUAUCGACAAUGACAUCAAGGUCUGGGACAUGCGCAAAAAGGCCAUUGUAUACUCUAUGCUGGGUCAUAACGACACGGUGACCAGCCUAAGCGUGUCGCCGGACUCUCAGUCGCUACUAUCUUACUCGCACGAUUCAACUGCGAAGACCUGGGACAUAAGGCCGUUUGCACCCACCGAGCGACACAUCCGUACAUUCGACGGGGCACAGGUAGGAGUUGAGAAGAACCUAACCCGAGGUAGUUGGGAUAGGGCUGGCAAGAAAAUUGCCGUAGGUGCUGGUGAUGGAACAGUAUUGAUAUGGUCCAACGAUACCGGGAAGCUCCUCUAUAAAUUACCCGGCCACAAGGGAGCGGUCAAUUGUGCCGAAUUCACUCCCGGCGAGGAGCCUGUUAUUUUAUCUGCGUCUUCUGAUCGUAGAAUGUUACUUGGAGAGCUGAGAUGAGAGCUCUAGUUUCCUGAGGCUUAAGGAGAUAGUAAACAGCCCGUCGCCUUG